AUGGUGCUCACGCACACGACGGGACACACCUACUCCCACCCGUUUCCCACCGUCACCCUCGCCUACUUCCUCCGCUACUCCUCGCCCAAGCUGAACCCCUUCGCCACCCACGUCCUCAGCACCGACACCAUCUCCAGCCAUGUCGACCCCGUCACGCAGCGGCUUCACACGACCCGCAUCCAUCUCAAGAAGAGCCGCAUGCCCAAGGCCAUCUACAAGCUGCUGCCGGGCAGCGUGACGGGCGGGUCCGCUGGCGAGAAGGCCUCGUACAUUCUCGAGACGAGCGUCGUCGACAUCAAGGAAGGGUGGAUGAAGACGGAGAGCCGCAACCUCAACUUCACCGGCGUGCUGUCGGUGAUUGAGCAGCAGCAGUUUAGCCUCCCGUCCGAGGCGGACCGCGGCCUCGCGGCCUCGCGGAACGAGACGGACGUCCUGACAUCGGUCGUCUUCAAGUCGAGGCUCGGCGAGAAGCUGCGCGGCAAGCUCGACCAGGCUCAGGAGCAAGGCUGGCUGUCGGGCUUCAUCGGCGGAUGGGGCACAAAGGGCAUCCAGCGCAGCAUCGAGAGCCUCGCCUCCACCAAGACACUCGACCAGCUGGGCAAGAGCCGAGACGGCAUGCGCCUGGUGCUGGAGCGCAUCCGCAACAACGGCGUCAUUGGCGUGCUCGAGACGCUUCGCAACGAGCGCCAGAGGCAGCUGGCCUGA